AUGAAUCGAAAGCUUCACGUUGUACUACUAUCCCUUUCUCUUCUCUCCUCUCCAGUCGACCUCUCUCCAGGAAAGGCUGUUUUCUUUUUUCCCACCGUCCCGCCUCUUUUCCAACCCCACGAGGUGGAAAUGCAGACGAUCUGA